GUGGCCUUCUUUCCCUGACCUUUAUGGAGAGAAAGGGGUGUGUGGAUGGGAGGUAGACCUUUUUCCCGGUAAUACGCCGAUAUUCACAGCACAUACCGUUACAUAUUGCUCAUCGUCACAGCUGCUCACACCAGUGUUUUGACAAGAGCACCCGCAACCGAUACAGUUCCUCCCUCCUCCUCCUCUCAUCCAUCCGCACAGCUGUUGUUGUAGGAAAGUCUGACAGUUACAGUACAGCACGAGCUGCAGCACUCAACCAGACACAAACGUGCUUUUGUUGGUGAGCGAACCGAACGGGGUCGGGCGCGUCGGCCGCCAUGGGUUCAAAGUCCACAAAGAGACAUCUGGUCGAGCGAGCGACGUCAUUACAUGGCGAGGAGUUUACGCAACCCAGUCGGGCGGCGCUGUGUGAAGUCUGAGGACCUGUGGGAUGUAAACAUGGCCUGCUCAGCCAGGGACAGUGCAGAACAGACGUAUCCCAACGUGAUCGAGCUGAAUGUGGGCGGCCAGCACUUCACCACCACACUGCUGACCCUGACCAAGCAGCGCAACACCAUGCUGGGCGCCAUGUUCAGCGGUCUGCACCGUCAGCCGCAAGACCACGACGGCCGCUACUUCAUCGACGCCGACGCCGCCGCCUUCGCCUGCAUCCUGCGCUACCUGCGUGAUGGCGAGCUGCCGCCACCCGACAUGACCGAGCGUGUGUACCGUGCUGCCAUCUACUUUGGCCUGCAGGACCUGGCCGGUGAGCUGGAGUUCACACCUGGCAUCAUGGCGCAGCAGAUCAAAGAAAAGUACCAUGCUUUCCUCGGCAACUUUGAGGAGGCCGUAAAGACGAUCCUCAACGCCGCACUCAACGCCAGGUGCACGAUCCUCAGCGGCAAGUGCAACACGCUCUGGCCCAAAACACGGGUGGUGGUGGCGGUGCAUCACAAAGACAGGCUACCUCGCACCUUCAACCCACUGCACACCUGUGCGCGCCACAAGGAGAGCGGCACCAGAUGGGUGUUCGCUGAGGUGUCACUUAGUCCCAUCACCAACAGCAGCGUGUCGGAGGCGGUGUACGUGGAGGCCGUUGUGGAGGAGCUGGUAGGGAGGGGGUUCACAGUGCACGUAGAGGAGCUCGGCAAGUGUGAUGCGGGCCACGAGGAGGUAGUAUUGGACUCAGGAGAUGUGCAGGAACCCUGCUUCGCUCGACUCUACCAACUGUUGUUUCAUUGGAAAAAGUAAGGGGCGAGAACCUAAGCGCAACUAGUCGACUUAAAGGGAGAUAAUAUUUGUAAACUGGUCACCAAAGCUGACGCUUGAGAUAUGUUUUUAAAAUGCACUACAUAAUUUGGUUGGGAAUUUUCGCAGAGGAAUUAUUUCUUUGAAAUUGUUUUUUAAAAACUCAUUUUGGCCUCAUCAUCAUGCCUCAUGGAGCCAUAUAUGUUUUAACGCCAAAGUGUUUAGGCAUGUCUGUUGCUUCUCCCCUCAACUUUCUGCUGCUCUUUGUCCUUUGGCAAGAAACAGGUUGAAAUAAUGUGCCUUCCUGUACUCAGCUUGUUUCUAAGGAGACAAUUGGAAUGCUAGUUUUUGCCAUAAUUUGAAAGUGACAUCUGUGUAUUAUUGCAAUCAAAGUGGAAUGAUUGACAAAGAAACAGCUGGAUAUGCUGUUUGAUUCCUAAAAUCCAUGUCAGGGUAAAACCAUGGUUGAUAAUGGAAAAAAUCUGGUCCAAAUAAUGUCAAACUUUGAAAGAAAAAACAAAAAAACAUAGCACAAAACUGCUGGACAAAUGAAACAUUGAUACUAGUCAAUUUAGAUCCACAAACAUGGAUUAGCUUCUGCUAAAUGUGAGCUGAAGAGUUAAUUUAGAGCAUGUUGUGUUUGAUGUUUCAUUUUGACAGUUUAUGAACAUGGUAAUCAUUUAAUAAUAAUAAUAAGCAAGAAUAGAUCUAGGUACAGGCUGCUUGCAAAUAUUUUAGGACACCUGUGAUUGUUUACUUGAUUCUAUCAAACAGUUGUUGAGGCAAAGUGCACUAUACAGAGAUGAUGAAAUGGAGCAGACUUAAUAACCUUUGUGUCUGAUAUUUUAUAUUGUAAUUUUAUUUUUUGGAAGGAUUGUGCCUACUGCAGUGCAUAUUUGUGGAUGUGUCUGAUGUAUGGGUGUAUGGAUGUAAAUGUGAUUCUUUUUAAUAGAAAAGAUGAGAGAGACAUUCUGAAACUUACUUGCCAAAUCAAAUGUCUCUCAAAUACCUUGUGAUAUCAGUCAAAGCCUAGUGCAAAAUAUAGCAUUUAUUUUUAUAUUGCAUAUCUAGAAUAAUCAGUAGUAUGAUGAUAAUGUUUGUGCAGAAUUGCUGUCAUGUCAAUAACAGACUCAUUUUGGUGGUGUUUUGGGUAAGCAAUGAAGUAUUUUAUCUUAGAAUAUAACAUAUGUGCAUUGAUGUUCAUGUAUCAGGGGCUGGGCUUUGUUGUGGUGAACACAUUUUGGAGCUUUAUCCAUGAAAAAGAUCAGUUCUCGUCACAGGUGGAUCAAGGGCAAAGGUCUUGUAUGUUAAAUGUUCCUGCACUUUCCUGUCAAAAUUCAAACAUUGGCUUGGAAAACUGGGCAUGUGUGUGACAGUUAUGCAUCUCUUACUACCGUUAAUUAAUCCUGCAGCAGAACGUUACAAUAAUCAUGUCAGUUGCUUACAGUUUUUGACCAACAGCUGAUGAGCCCUGACCACUGCUCUUCCCUACCAAAGCCUUAGUGAUGUGAGAAUUGCAGUAUGACAAGUGACAUGUGGAUGUUGCUUUACCCCUAGGACUGUAGUUAUAAAUUCGUGGCAGUAACAUGGAGUAAACUUACUGGGGUAUAGCAACAUUCACAGUGCUUAGAUAGUGCAUUGAAAUUACAAAGACAAAAUAUAUUCUGUUGGGAUGAUUGUUUUUGCCUCAUGACAAAAUGUUAACUCUAGGGCAGCUGAGAGUGCAGUGCAUACUUGGUGGUAGAAUGACAUGUAGAUGACAAUUUUCUGAGGAAAGCAAAUCUGUGCAUUUUCACUUUUUUUAAAUCUAGGAGUCUGUUUUACCAUGUCAGAAAAUUUACCAAUGACCAAUUUGUUUUUAAGCAUUAAUUUUUAUGAGCUUAAUUUAAUGAGUUUUGUUUGGUCUAAUUAUGCAACUUGUAACUUAUGUAUGGAUAUCACUAAUAAAAGAUUAUCUCGAUUUUUGGGAAAACUAAAGUGAAAA